UAAAAGCACGUGGUCUUUGCAAACAUCCGGUUUACACAAAAUGGAAAUAAACUGCGAUAGGGAUUUUGACACAGCUCUGACGCACAGUAUUAGUUGCUAAAGUCUUAUGACGUUUCCUUUUCCGUCUGACGUGUAUAGGAAAUUAAAGAUGGAGGUUGGUUGGCUUGUCUCACACAAAGAGGACAUCUCCACGCUGUUUCUACACCAAACGCCCGAUGCCAAGCUUAACGAUUUAAGCAGCCAGUUUUCCUCUGUGAGGAAGGUGCGCGGCGAUGGAAACUGUUUUUACAGGGGAUUUUGCUUCGCUCUCAUGGAGUCAUUGCUGCACAAUUCCAGAGGUCUCCAACGAUUCAAGGAUAAAAUAAUCGAAAGCGGCAAAAUAUUGUGCUCAGCUGGAUUUGACGAGGAUGCCUUCAUUCACCACCUAAACACAGUUAUAAAUGUGGUGGAACAGUGUCAGGCCAGUGACCAGGAGGACACGCUGCGCCAGCUCUUCAACGACAGUAUGACCUCUGACAGUGUCGUCCAGUACCUCAGGCUGCUUACUUCAGCCCAUCUACAAAACAAUGCCACCUUUUUCUGCAACUUUGUGGAAUCGCCUAAUCUACGUGCAUACUGUCGCCAGGAAGUGGAAACUAUGGCGAUGGAGUGUGACCAUGUGGACAUUCUGGCUCUCACAGAGGCUUUGGACAUUUGCAUACAUAUUGUCUCAAUGGAGGGUGAUGAAGAGCACUUGGCUCACCACACAAUUCCAGAGGGUGCAGACCCCUCCCUGCACCUACUCUUCCAAACAUCACACUAUAACAUUCUCUACCCACGACCUCAGCAGUGAGGGGUGACACGCACAAGAUUCUGCUUAACUCAGGAAAAAAGACUUAAGAUGAAAAAAAACAACAACUGCCAUUUGACUCUUGGGAUAACACAUUUUUAUACAAAUCUUGCAGUUUAAAUCCAGCAACACUAUUCCACAGAUGUAAUUAUUGCACCGUGUACAAAAACAACAUGGAUGAACUGAUAUUUUAAGUUAAAAUUACAUAGAUUGUGUCAAUAAUUGGCUUUUUUUAGUUAACCAAAUCACUACUGCUGCUGCUGCUGCUGUUUGACCUUUUUCAUCAUCUUUUUCCGUGGUUGAACACUUUUCUUUAACAUUUUUUUAUUCCGCUGUAUUGACACCUGGUUUAGGGCACUUUCCAUCUCUGCACGAGGCAGGUGGGGCAGGGUGAGCUUCCCCAUUUGAGUUGGGUAUUUGGUCUUCAGCACAUUCUUAAACACAGGCUGGGAGAUCAGCUGCUUCAACUGCUUCUUCAUGCCCUUUACCAUCCUCUGCUGCUCUCUGUCAUCUUCCUCGUCUUUUCGCCCGCCUGUGGACACACAAGGAAUCUUCAGUUAUCGGAAUUUUCCGAUUGUAACAGAUCUCACUUUCAUUAGUAAUGUUAUUCUGGCCUUACCAAGUAAAAGAUCAUCAUCCAGGUCGACUUCCAGGGCUUCGGCUGCUUGUUUGAACCAGGAAUUGUGUUGCUUCUCCCUGCAGUUGUGAAACUCGAUCUUUUCAAUCCCUCGUGCCAGGUUUACACGCUCCUGAGUGGGGAAAAAAAACACUUCAAGAUAAACAAUCAAACAGCCCUCACAACAGCAGUUUAACUGGGUAGUUAAUGCUGGUAAUGCUUACCUUAAUCGCUUCCAUGCAUUUGCUCUCUAUGGGGAACAUUGGAAGGUCCUCGUCCUUUCCGAGAGUACUGUAAAUCUUCCUGAAAUUCAACAUGUCGUCUGGGCCGAUUAGCAGCAGACUCAGACCCUCUUUAGUGGCUCUUGCUGUCCUACCACUUCUGUGGACAUAUGUCUCAGAUGUCCUAGGAACCUACAGUCCACGGGAGAACAGUCCAUGCAGUAAAAAUGUAUCAAAAUACAUUUUGAUAGUUUAAAAAAACAAUUUUAGGAUGGUGUUUUUUUUUGUUUUUUUUUUUAAAUAUAUAUUUAUUGAAAAAAAAAACAACCUUAAAUUAAAAAUGAAAUGUAUCUUGACUUUGUUACGUCUCAGCUCAUCUUUAUCAGAAUUCAGCUUUACUGGUGUGUCAAACCCUCACCUGGUAGUGAAUAACAUGCUGAACGUUGGGGAUGUCCAGUCCUCUUGCAGCAACAUCAGUGGUCAGCAGAACACAACUGCAAAACAAAUAGCACAACUUAAAUGAAUGGCAAAAUGAGCUCUGCAUUUGACCAGGAAGAGUUGUGGAUUGGGUAGUUUCAUAUCUUAUUUCAUGUUUAGCUAAAAGUACUGACUGGUAUUGACUUUUAGAAAAAAUAUGGAAACUACGUAUUUGUAAAAGAGUUAAAUUUACAUCGAAGAUGAAAAUGUUGCUGAUUAUUUUUUGUGAUUGCUAGCAGGUAGAUUGUUUACCAUCUAUUUAUCUAACGUCAACUUAAUGUCUUUCUCAUGUAAAGCAUGACCCAGAAAUAAUAAAGCUUUCAAAAUA